AUGGGAAUUAUGGAUUACAUGGCUCAUGCUAAAGGUGAGUCUACUAUUAUUACCCCAGCAAGCGAGACUGUUAAUGUCGAAGCUGUUAAUGUCGAAGGAAAUGCUGAAGAUCGUAUGGGAAAUGAUUUCAGAUGGCCUACUUCUAUGCCCCAAAACACCAGAGAUCAAGUCUUCUGGGUUUUCACUGAUAACGAUGUAACCGAAGAUGAUCAAGAAUACGCGCUAAAUUGCAUUUAUUUUUAUAAUAGUCUUGAUAAUGGAAUGUUUGAUGAACAUAAACAGGAUUGGGUGCUGGUGUACAAGCAGAGUGUGGUUGAAUAUGGAGAAAAGAAGUCAAAUAAGCAACGGUCAGAUCUUGAUCGUGAAAUGCCUGGUGCCCUUUAUCUCCCAGUAGAUUCAUUACUUCGUGGAGAAUUUCUUAAUCCUAAAAUUCCCGCAGCGAGAGCAGUACUUUCCCAACGUUCUGCUGGUGGGGGAGAAUAUAUGGUUUGA